CCUGCUCGCCUCGUCUGCGUCUCCGCCUCCGCUCUUCCGCGUCGCGGCCCGCCCCCUGCUGCUCGGUAGCCGCGGCGGGGGCGUGCGCCUUCGGGUUCGAUGCGGAGCGGCGGACGAGGAGGCCGAGGUUCGGCGUGGGGAGCAGGUGAAGGCGUCUGUGGAGGAGAUGGCGCCCGGCCUCGACCUUGUCACACUCGCGGCCUGCCUCGUGGGCCUCCUCACUGGCGUCUCCGUUGUCCUCUUCAAUCUUUCGAUAAUGGUACUGAACUUCCCCUCGGUGUUUGCAUCCGAACUCCGAAGAUGUACACAUCAAAUUUAUUAUUCAUUACAAUAUUCACACUCAAUGGCUCUGAAGGAAAUUACAAGCUACAUAAAGCUUGUACAAAAAUCAAACAUUACAUAUCAAACCAUCAUCGCAAAUGGAACAUAAAUCCCCUGGUAGUCCAACUCCAUCAGCUCCUGCAGUAAGGGCCAUGACCGUAACCAGCUGACACAGAUAAGAAGAUAACCGUUGUCAUUCCUGUAUAAGGUAUAGGGUAGCGAGUUGUAAAAGCUUGAUGAUCCAACCCAACCAUGCUCAUGUCAGAAGCUAUUUCGUGGAAGGUUCAUGAAAUACGUGACCUGCUUUGGGAUGGCAUACCACUGCGAGGCGCUUCGUGGCUGAGGGAAGAACCCACCGCUGAAAUUUGGCAGAGAGUGAUAUUUGUUCCCGUCAGUGGAGGCAUCAUAGUUGGAGGGCUGAAUACGCUAAGAAGUUCUAUCAAAACAAACUCAGAUGGCUCUGUUUCUAAUAUGAAAGGUGUGUUUAGGCCAUUCUUGAAAGCUGCGGCGGCAUCUUUCACUCUCGGAACUGGCAACUCUCUGGGGCCUGAGGGACCCAGUGUGGAAAUAGGUUCUGCUAUAGCGAAAGGAUUUGGAAAUGUGUUUGGGUGGGAAGGCGGAAAAAAGCUGUCUCUUGUGGCAGCUGGGUCAGCAGCUGGCAUUGCAUCUGGUUUUAAUGCUGCUGUUGCUGGGUGUUUUUUUGCGGUGGAGUCUGUUUUGUGGCCUUCAUCUGGCGAUUCUUCAUCCCUUUCCAACUCAACACCUAUGGUGAUCCUCAGUGCAGUGAUAGCGUCUGUUGUUUCAGAGAUUGGUCUUGGUUCUGAUCCUGCUUUCACUGUUCCAGAAUAUGAUUUUCGCUCCCCAACAGAACUUCCUCUAUAUCUCUUGCUGGGCGUGUUCUGUGGAGCGGUGUCAAUCACCCUAUCUAGGUGUACAGCAGUAACUAUGGACAUGGUUGAACGCUUACAAAAGACAACAGGAUUGCCGAUGGCUGUAUCCCCUGCCUUAGGUGGCCUUAUUGUUGGUCUUCUCGCUCUUGUAUACCCUGAAGUUCUGUAUUGGGGCUUUGAGAAUGUUGAUAUUUUACUGGAAUCGCGGCCAUUUACAAGUGGUCUCUCAGCAGCAGUGUUGGUUCAGCUCAUUGGAGUAAAAAUAUUGGCGACGUCUUUGUGCAGGGCUUUUGGAUUGGUUGGAGGUUAUUAUGCACCAUCCCUUUUUAUUGGUGCAGCUACAGGCAUGGCAUAUGGCAAGUUCAUGAGGUUUACAUUUACUGGCUCUGAAGCACCGUUUCAUGUCCCCUUCCUAGACGUAGCGUCACCUCAAGCAUAUGGUCUGGUUGGUAUGGCAGCUACACUUGCCGGUGUAUGCAAGGUGCCUCUGACAUCUGUCCUCCUACUGUUUGAACUAACGCAGGACUAUCGUAUAGUUCUGCCUUUGCUUGGUGCUGUUGGACUAUCAUCUUGGAUUGCUUCUUCUCAAAGGUUCUCUACCAGCGGUAAGGGUAAGCUGGAUUCAUUGGAGGAGAAAACAAGCACCAUUGAAGAGGCGAAAAAUGUGCCCACUCAAACCCAACAACUCACUUCUGUGGAUAGUGUUGAUGCUACUGCAGAAUUAUGUAAACUAGAAAGCUCGCUUUGUGUCUAUGAUGUCAAAGAUGAUAACGUGCUGGAAAAUCUUACUGUUGCAGAGAGUAUGAAAACUAGAUAUAUUUCUGUCUCAUUGAAAACUCCAGUAGUUGAGGCACUAAAUCUUAUGCUUGUGGAGAAGCAACCAUUUGUUAUGAUAACUGAGAGCAAUAAGUCUUUAUUAGGCUUGCUAACAGUCAAAGAUUUCCAGGAUUUCUGCAAAACUGUAAAAAGUACCAGGAUGCAACCUGAGGUAGAUGAAUGUCUGGUAUCUCAUGUUUGUGGAGUCGUUAGAUGUAAAAUAUGGUCUGUGACACCUCAUAUGCCACUUACUACUGCUGAAAAGAUUAUGGAUUCUCAUGGAAUGGACCAGGUUCCUGUAGUUUCAGAACAUGUUAAUCAUCAGGAUGGAGGAAUCUUGAUUGGUUUUGUAGAUAGAGAAUGCAUCACCAUUGCUCGAAGAGCUUUGGCAGCAAAAGAAUUUUUCAGUUUCACAUCGGAGAUCAGAAGGGAAGAGAGUUGAUGCGGAUUCACUUAGUAAUUUGCUUGAUAUUCUGGAGAUUUCAUUUGCUCAUGUCCGCUUAUGUGAUUAAUCUGGUCAACAGCCGAGAAAUCAUAAUCGACCAGGUUUAUUUGGUAACUUAAGAAUUUCAGAAAGUGAAGUAGCUGGCUGAAGUCUCUUCCAUUUCUAUCAAGACUGUAUGUGCAUGCGCAGUGCAUUGCUGCAUUAUUGUGGUAAGAGCACGCUAUGUUCUCAGUAGUUGGAUCGCUGCACCUUGCACCUAACUUGUGCAUACCACUGUUCUCCUUUUCUGCCAGCGCAUUGGCACUUGAGCGUGCCUACUACACAGUAUAAUUCUUCAACUGAGAAUUGAACUAUUCGUCAACGUAGACACUCGAAAGAUAGGCAACAAGAUCAGGCUAUGUCACACUCAUAUUUCUCUUUGCAUGUUGUUAGUAGUUUGAAUUAAAUGAACCGAAUUUGCAUAAGGGAGGGUUUGUUUGGCGGAAUCUUCUAAUAAUUAUCGUGUAUUCUUUGCAGUCUUA